AUGAGCGAGCAGGCGGCGCUCGUGACUGUGCUGUACGGGCCGUACGAGUCCUGUGGGCUCGUGCAGCACCGGACCUACCGGCUACAGGGCAUCCGGGCCGCGCUAACUGCGCGCGGAUACACGUGCGCGCUGAAGGAGACGCGCGAGAGGAAUCGCGUGGAGCUGCUGUUCCGCGGCAGGAUCGUGUUCAGCUGCGACAUCACGAGCCUCGAGUUCGGGGGGGACGGCAGACUGGACCCUCUGUGUAAAGAAGCAGUUCUGGCGGUGGACAAUGCUUUCUAAGGACACGCACUGAUUAAACUCAU